AGCAAACUGAGCACCAUGAGGCUGAGCCUGUGUUUUCUCUUACUCAUCCUGGCUGUUUUUUGCUAUGAAGCUAAUGCUGACCAUGUCUGCAAAGCUUAUGCACAUGAAGUCCUCAUCUUCGUAGCGGGGAAAAAGACAACAUUGAGGAAGGAACUUGAGAGAUAUAAUGCACCUCAAGAGGCUGUUGAUGCAAAAAUGGAAGUGAAGAAAUGUAUCGACAUGAUGGACGAAAGACAUAGAAAUAAAAUAACAUUUGUAUUGAUUCAACUUUUGAUAACAUGUGGUUUUCAGGAUCUUCAGCAUUAUUUUCCAUCGAUCAGACAUCACCUAGUAGUCACCUGA